AUGUUGUUCCUUAACAAUCUUUUACUUUUCACUACUGCAGCUUUGGCUGUUAAUGUCAUCAUAUUCAUUGUCGAUGAUGACCAUGAUUGUCCUGAUGAUGAAACUGUUCUUGUUUGCAAUGACAUUGACCUUGGCAUCUGCUGUACCAACACUGCUUUUACGGACUUUCCCACAUUGCAAGUCGCCGGGCUCAACACUGACCCAACGGCUGGCGAAGUUGCCAUUGCUUUUUCCCAAUCGGGAAACAAUAGAUGCGGCGUUUCUUGCGAUUCUGCCUUUGCAGAAAACAACGCCUGUCUGUCUUGCGUUGUCAACGAUGUCGAUACUAUCAGUGGCGGAGGUUGGAACGUUCUUCCGGCAGCAGAUGAAUCUACGGAGUCACUAUCUGCCUGCAAAAGCUCCGUGGAUCCUGACGAGCUCAAAUACCAAGGCCGCUCGUACAAUAUUUAUCAUGAUGUUCCUGCAAGUGUCAGCGCUCAACUCAUUGAUCUGGUCAAGAAGAACGUCGACGUUGCCGAUUUCCCAGCGCACUUGUCUCAAUAUGAAAAGAAAGUCUAG